UCAGGCAGGGAGGAAAAAAAAGGCACGACUUACAUUAGCAGGGAAUAGUCAGAUCCUAUGCAUCAUUACUGCUAAGAUCAUCCUGCAAUCCAGGCUGAAGGCAGGACUUGGAGAGAGCCAGACACACACACUCAUACAUAUACUCACAUAUAUGUGUCCGACGCCUUCUCCGACUUCCGAGGGUCCUGGGUCUCCGUGCCUGCUUCUCAUGUGAUCCUUUCACCAUUUCCAGAGGACAAAAGGAAGAAAUCCAAGACCAGGCGAACCCGUGGUCCUUUUAUUCAUUUUUUUUUUUUUAAGCGGAGAAGGAGUAGCAGCGAGGGAAAGAGCGAGCGAAUCGAGGAGAGAAAGUGCGUUGGGGAUGCCAGAGCCGCGGGCUGCGCGCCGGAGGAGGAGGUGGCGGAGAAGGGGGGAGGACGAUGCUUCUGCCUCGUAAGGGUGGAGGAAGGCGCGGGAGCUGCUCCGGAGCGGCGGCCGGUGCGGAGCGGGCCCGCGGGGCCGGCCGAGAGCGGCGGAGGGCGGCGGGCACCACCGAGGAGCGGCAGCGGCGGAAAAGUUUUGGUGUCGGAAGCUAGAGGCGUGGAGGAGGAUUAUGAUCGGCGAGAGAUUCGCAGACACCGCCAGGCAGGCCAGAUCUGGCAGAUAGCUGAUAUGAGGACUUUAUUGACUUCAGAAAGCUGAGUGUAACACCGACAGACUUCAGUGAAAGGAAAUAACAUCUUUCCAAGCAACUCAUACACAGAUGACUUUUGGUAGCUUUAAAUUAAGCUGUUGCUCACCUGCAAAGACACGACUCUCAUUUCUUUCAGCACACAUGGAGGAAGGCAACAAAGUUUGUAAUCCUGGCUAAUAAGACUGGCUUUUUUAUCAAAAGUAGAAGGUAGACCAAUUAUAAAAGGAUUAUUUUAUACUUGGCCUCCAGGACUUUAACUCUGGCCUGAACAUUGGACAUAAGUAGAAGCCAAUUUUAAUGAUCUGAGAUUCUACUACCUGUGCUUUAUUGUUGUUAUCAAUUCUUAAAAAAUUUAGUACUUUAUUUCUUUAAAUUAGAAAUGGGUUUGUGGACUAGAAUGUGGCCCACAGAUUGGGCUAUUCUCAUGAAAUCAUGGUUUAUCUUUUCCCUGGGGCUCUACAUGCAGGUGUCCAAAACUUUGGCCUGCCCAAAAGUAUGCCGCUGUGAUCGAAACUUUGUCUACUGUAAUGAGCGAAGCUUGACCUCAGUGCCUCUUGGGAUACCAGAGGGUGUAACCGUCCUCUACCUCCAUAAUAACCAAAUUAAUAAUGCUGGAUUUCCUGCAGAGUUACACAAUGUACAGUCUGUGCACACAGUCUACCUGUAUGGCAACCAAUUGGAUGAAUUCCCCAUGAACCUGCCCAAGAAUGUCAGGGUUCUCCAUCUGCAGGAAAACAACAUUCAGACCAUUUCUCGAGCUGCCCUUGCUCAGCUUUUGAAGCUGGAAGAGCUUCACCUGGAUGACAACUCCAUCUCCACUGUUGGCGUUGAGGAUGGGGCAUUCCGGGAAGCCAUCAGCCUCAAGCUUCUGUUCUUGUCCAAGAAUCACUUAAGCAGCGUACCAGUAGGCCUUCCAGUGGACUUACAAGAACUUCGAGUAGAUGAAAAUCGAAUUGCUGUCAUUUCAGACCUGGCCUUCCAGAAUCUUACAAGUCUGGAGCGUCUGAUUGUGGAUGGCAAUCUCCUUACUAAUAAAGGUAUAGCUGAAGGCACCUUCAGCCACCUCACCAAGCUCAAGGAAUUCUCAAUAGUGCGGAAUUCGCUGACCUACCCUCCACCCGAUCUUCCAGGUACACAUCUGCUAAGGCUCUACUUGCAGGACAACCAGAUAACCCACAUACCACUUACAGCCUUUUCAAACCUCCUCAAGCUGGAACGUCUUGAUAUUUCCAACAAUCAACUUCGAAUGUUGGUAAAGGGGGUAUUUGAUAAUCUCCGCAACUUGAGGCAGCUCACUGUAAGGAAUAAUCCCUGGUUGUGUGACUGCAGUAUUAAGUGGGUCACUGAAUGGCUCAAAUAUAUUCCUGCUUCCAUCAAUGUACGGGGUUUUAUGUGCCAGGGACCAGAGCAGGUCCGAGGUAUGGCAGUCAGGGAACUCAAUAUGAAUCUGUUGUCAUGCCCCACCACCACACCUGGUCUGCCACUUAUCAUCACCCCAGUCCCAGCUACAGCCAUGCCAACUACGUUAGUUCCCACCUCAUCAGUUCCCCCCACAAGUAGCAAAUAUAAUCCUCUCACGCCCACCAUAGUCACACUCCCUACUGUGCCUGAGAGGGAGGACAGAGAAAGAACGAUGCCUCCUAUAUCUGAACGGAUUCAACUCUCUAUCCAUUUUGUGAAUGACACUUGCAUCCAAGUUAACUGGAUGUCUCUUUUUACCGUGAUGGCGUAUAAACUCACAUGGGUUAAAAUGGGCCAUAGUCUUGUAGGAGGAAUUGUUCAGGAACGAAUAGUUAGUGGUGAGAAGCAACACUUAAGCCUGGUGAACCUGGAGCCCAAAUCCACCUAUCGGAUUUGUUUGGUUCCACUGGAUGCUUAUAACAAUUAUCGAACUGGAGAAGAUACUGUCUGUUCAGAAGCCACAACUAAGGCUUCCUUUUUGAGCAAUGGCAGCAACAUCCCCUCCAGCCAUGAGCAGACGACCUCUCAGAACCUGGGCUCCCCAUUUCUGCUGGCAGGGUUGAUUGGGGGUGCAGUGAUAUUUGUCCUCGUGGUCCUGCUCAGCAUUUUUUGCUGGCAUAUGCACAAAAAAGGCCGUUACACCUCCCAGAAGUGGAAAUAUAAUCGGGGCCGUCGGAAAGAUGACUACUGUGAGGCGGGGACCAAGAAGGACAACUCCAUCCUGGAGAUGACGGAAACCAGCUUCCAGAUUGUCUCCUUAAAUAAUGAUCAACUCCUUAAAGGAGAUUUCAGACUGCAGCCCAUUUAUACCCCAAAUGGGGGCAUUAACUACACAGACUGCCACAUCCCCAACAAUAUGCGAUACUGCAACAGCAAUGUCUCAGACCUGGAGCACUGUCAUACGUGAUAGUGAGGGGAGAUGGGGGUUUCUAGGACAAAGAAAAAAAAACUCUGUAAAAAAUAACCCCUCAACAACAAUGAAAAAAAUUACAUUUGAUAAAUGUUACACAGAUGCAUUUAUGCAUUUGAAUACUCUGUAAUUUAUACGGUGUACUAUAUAAUGGAAUUUAAAAAAAGUGCUAUCUUUUCUAUUUCAAGUUAAUUGCAAAUGGUUUUGUAACUCUUUGCUUUUUAAAUCUUUAAAAAAUAUUGCUAAGUACUGUACAGGGUUGUACAAUAAGAACCCAAUGUCAUGGCAAAAGAAAGAAUGACUCAUUCUUCAAAUAUUAACCACUUUACUGUCGAAGCUGAGGGAUGUUGUUUCUAGGUGUCCUGUAGUACAGGAAAAUAAGUGCAUAUUAAAACAGGGUCACUAGAAAUGAACAGAAGCAAUUCAGAUAAAAUGGGUACAAUCCUUUUAACUUGAAUCCUGUAGUUGCUGUUGAGCUUCAGAAAAUUAGAAAUACUUCUGUUUCACUUUGUCAGUUCUGCAUUUCAUUCCUCCAACUGAAAGCUGGAGUUCUGGGUGCUACCAAAAAGGUUACUUUCUUGUUUGAUUAGUUUUCUCCCAAUAUAGUCUGAAAAGGAAAAGUAGACAGAGCUCAAUGUCAAACUCAAAGUGACCUUGAUUUUUAUUUUCAAAGGUAUUCUGAAAAUGUCUCCCAAUACUAUACACUUUUAUGAUAGAAACAGUUCCUAUUUUUCAUGAUGAUUAAGAAGCUUUAGGCAUUCUCUGACCCUUGCAUUCUCUGACCCUUAUCAGUGGGAGAUGAAGGUUAUCAGUAUGUAACAGAUAGGUGUCAUUAAGUUACACCUCUAUUUAAUAGAGUAGCAUUUGUUGACACAGCAUGUUCAAGUAAAGACUGAAUGAGAGAAAUUCCAAAUGCGCCUAACUCCACAGUAUUCAUGCAGAAUUUAGAAUCUAAAAAUAUAAAUUGUUGAAAAACAUGAUGCAAAAUAUGAUGCAAAUGCAAAGAUUAUUGUUGACUUUUAUUGUUCAAGCUCUGUUUGAUUCAGGUGUCUGAGUUACGUUUGGUAUGGAGAAGUACGAAAAAAAGACAGAAAAACCAAAUAUUUUCAACAAUUAUUUAUUAUUGGAAACUCUUCAGACCUAUUAUGAAUUGAAAUCUGAGAAACUGGUGUAUAAAUCUUGUUUGUCCUCUCCCUCUUCCCCGCACCCCAUUUCAAAUGUAGGAGAGGACACUAACUAAGCAUUUGAUUAGCUCAGGAAUGUUAGGAACACAAGUAGGCGUUGUCCCUCUGAGUUAUCCUUCUUUUAUCUCAAGUUUUUGGAAGUUUUCCACAAUGAUCUGUGCUUUGUAAGCAGUAGGUGGGCUUAAAAUGUACUUUUUUAUUCCCUCAAAUUCUUUACCUUCUGAGUCCUUGAGCUUUACAUACACUAUGCAAAAUGUCACUCAUUAAAACUGUGAUGCUGCCUUCAAAAUUAUAUAAUGUUCCAGUUACUCUAUUGACUCUGAUUGUCAAGAGCUCUAUUUCUUACCAACUCAGUGAUGGAAUCUAGUUCUUCCUUUCUUUCAGUCAAUUUUUUUUAAUGUAGCUCACUUUUUUUCCUGAGCUUGGGGACAAGUACAAGUUCACAGCAAAGAGAGAAAACAGAAACAAACUUUCCUGAGGGACUAGGGAACCAAAAAGAAAACUUUGUACAAUGACCAACUAAGGACAAGGAGAACGUGUUAGAAGUGGGGUGGAAGUAAAGAGUGAAAGACAUUCAUCAUGGUACGCUUAGACUUUUCACUUUAUGAGGCUGCUUAUGUUGGGAGAGAGGGUUUUAAUCCUUUCCUUUACUCAUUUCACUCAAUCCAUUAUUGAAGCCCAGCAGUAUAUGAAUGUGCAGUUUCUGAAGUUCAAAUCACAUCAUAACACUUAUUUUCUGAAAUGGCAAAAUGAAUCCAGUUACCAUUGAAAGCAAAAUACAAUCAUAAUGUAGGGAAAUAGAUCCUUGCCCCAUUUUAUAAUUACAUUUUCAAAUUCCCCUCUGUAUUCCGUAUAUUUGCUAUUUUCUCCAGCUAUAACAGAUAUUUUAGGCAACCUGUGUGGUUACUGUAAUAGUAAAGUCACUAAAAUUUUGCUCAAUAAAAGAUUGACAUAUGAUUUCAACUUGUGUACUCUAGGUAGAAACACCUAUGCAAAGUAGAUCUUUUCUGUGACCUAUUUAAUGACGAUUCUGAUGAGAAGCUUGAUACUAUUGUUUGUUUAAUAUGUUUUAGUUGAGAAAGCCUACAGUACAAGCAGUAAAUAGUUGUCCUUCUGCAUGCUACCAUUACAUGCUGGAGUUAGUUUGAAAGUAAGUAGAGACAGAGAUUCCCAUUGGAUGUGGAUGUAGUAUUUAAUUUCACUGAGACAACUAGCUAUGUGCUAGAUUUCAAAAGGCAUCCUUUGAAAGUAUGUGCUUACUAAAAUUUUGUACUUCAAUCACUGACGCUGGAGGCAUCUUUGUUCUCCUUGAUGAAUAUCUUCUGUUCCAGGCCUCAGGAUACCAUAGUUUCAAAAUGAGCGUGGCACCUUAUUUGUAGCAAGUGACCUAUUCAGGGAAUACAAUUGUACUGCAGGUGAAUCAUCCACACACCCAGACUGAUGACAACAAAUGUGGUUACUGUCCCGAUAGGGUGAAAAAAGAAGGCAAUCACAAACUGUUCAUUCUGAUCUCCAGUGAUGAAAUGUAUAUAUCCAUCUGUGGACUAUUACUUUCUUACCUAGAUCAAAAAUCAAAAUUAUGUUAAAGAUAGCAUAGUUUGUGCUUCUUUUCAGUAUGAAGAAUACUAUAUGUAUUUUGACAUGAGAUACUGGCAAAGUUUCUUUCCUAUAAAUACUCUUCAGGAAAAAAAGCAGCAAGUCACGUAUACCAAAAUUUGUGGACAGAACUGGGAGUAUUAUCUAAAAGAAUUCAUAGUUGUACUCAAAUGAAAGGUUAUGUAUUGAAUUUGAAGAAUAUUUCUCCCAAUUUUAAUUGCUGUCUAGUUUCAAAACAGUUAAUAUAUUUCAACUAGAACAGAGUUUGAGACUUUUCAAAGUGCAAGCCACACAAACAGCUGAAACUUCAUUUCAGGUCACAUGGGCAAUUUUCAAUAGAUAAAAUUAUCUUCUGGUGAUGUAAAUUUAAGAUUAGUAUCUUUUCCUUUUACUUUGUAGAAACAGGGUUAUCUUGAUCUAGUGCAAGUAUCUGACCACAAAUAUUAAAUAAUAAUAAAGGCUGUAAAGAAGUCCUAUUAUACAUGAGUGCGUAUGUGACUCAUGCACAAUGUUCACUUCCAGAUGCUGAUUUCUGGUUCAUUGGACUUCAGAACAAAUGAAUGGUUUACAGACAAAAUCUCAUCCAUUUUACAUUGUAUACAGGUAAUGGCUGACAUAAAUGUACAGAAAAUAUCUGAGUGGAAUAAAAUAAAGGUUUAUAUGAAAUUAUGUUAAAGCAGUGUCAUCACAUUGCUGUGGCCAGUGCUUGACUUCCUUCUGGAGACUUACAUAUUUACAGACAUGUCCUCAUUUUCAGAUUCUGUCACUGUAACUAUUGUACCUUGCAUGUAGCUCUCUGGCAGUAAGAAACAUGUGACGAAUACAUGGACUUUAUGUUUACAGGUUCUUAUUGGGGACAUUAUUAUUGAAUGUUUUCAUAAGAAAAUUUAGGGAUUGGUUUACUUUGGACUAAAAUCAUAGCAGCAGUUUUGCCUAUAAGCUGAUAAAGGACUACAAUGAAUGAAAAAUGAAGUUAGCAUGUGCCAUUUGUUACUGGAGUAAUUAAACUAUAUUUUUUCUCUCAAUCAUUUUCCCU